GUCAUCGACAAUAGGGACGCACCACUCAUACAGGCCGAGGGUCUCGAGUUGGAGAACCUGGUGAAGGGCCGACAGUUUUUGGACAACCAUUUCCAGGCCUACGUCAACAGUGUUGAGCAUCUGGUCAAUGGGGAUGUCGUGAACACCCGCUCCGACCUCAACAACAGAGAGUGUUAUCACAAGUUUGUCGACACUUUCAACGACAAGUGUAUGAAUAUCGCUGAGAAUUCAUAUGUUUUGGGCAAACUCUACCAGUUUGUGAACAUCUGUGAACAAAGCUCGGCUACCGGUGCUGAGGCCGCCCUCACCCAACUGGCCGAUAUAUACCACGCGUACCAAAUAGUGAAGGCUAACGGUAUCCCCGAUGAGAAUAUCAUUGUCUUCCACUACGAUGACAUCGCCAACAAUAAGGAAAAUAAGUACCCUGGUAAGGUGUUCAAUAACCCCGACCACAAAGAUGUCUACCACGGUGUCCCCAAAGAUUACACUGGUGAUGAUGUCACUCCCACGAACUUUUUGAAAGUCCUGUUAGGGGACAAGGAUUUGGAGAGCUCUGGUAAAAAGGUGUUGAACUCGGGACCCAACGACAACGUGUUUGUCUUUUUCGAUGACCAUGGUGCUGUUGACCUAGUUGCUUUCCCCAAGACCUAUUUGUACGGCGAGAACCUCACCUCAACUCUUAAGGAAAUGCAUACCCAGAACAAAUACAACAAGCUCGUUUUCUACAUUGAAGCCUGCGAAGCCGGCUCUAUGUUCGCCAAACUGUUGCCCACCGACAUCAACAUCUACGCCACGACUGCCUCCAGUCCCACUGAAUCCAGCUAUGCCUGGUAUGACGACACCGAGUUGGGCACAUACCUGGGCGAUGAGUACAGUAUCCAUUGGAUGGAAGAGGCAGAACAGGCCACUGACACGACUACCCUCGAGGACCAGUUCCAGUGGACCAAAACCAAGACUACCAAAUCGCAUGUCCAACACUACGGCGACCUGUCUAUUGCCAAAUUGCCCCUGUCUCAAUUCUUGGGUACGUACACUAAGACUCUUAUUUAUAUAAAUCUUAUGAACCUACAUUUGCUACGUCGAGUA